AAUCAAUAAAAAACGCAUUCUAUCGAGAUAGUCUCCACUCCCCCCUAUUGAGAAAACAAAUUACUUGAGAAAUGGCAAGAAUAAUAUCUCAACGUAAGUUAACAAUAUGGAUAUCCGCUAUUCCCCUAUUCCUAUCUAUCCCCAUCUUUGGGAUGUCCAUUUAUAUGCUUAUCAAUUCUUGUGCCAAGAUGAAACCCCUCCCAGUUCUGUUCUUUCUCUACGGACUUGCUAUGUUCGUAAUAGGCUUCUUUAGCUGGUGCGGAGUCAUGUGUAAGGACUCCAAAUGCGCUGGUCUGCCUUGCUUAGUUAUGCCUUUUGCCUUGUUAUUCAUGAUCGGGUUUAUUACUUUCCUGUCUCUCGUCUCCAAAUACUCAGGCUCCCCUGAGCGGGAGCCUGAUAGGCCGGGUUACGUCCAAUACCGCUUUGACCACUUCUCGUCUUGGCUUCGCCAUAAGGUCAGUGGCAUGUAUACCUGGGAUCGAGUCAUUACUUUUAUUGCUCCUUCGGGUUCUUGCGAUGACUUGAAUCACACUUACUCCUUGUCUCAACAACUUUUCGCUGCACACCUGACCCACAUACAGUCUGGAUGUUGUGUGCCACCUUCAAAAUGUGGCUUCACUUUUGUGAGCCCAACUAAUUGGACAGCCGCGGCAACAAGCAAUCAAACCACAGCCGCGGUAGAGGGUGAUUGUGCGAAGUGGAGCAAUGACCAAAGCAAACUUUGCUUUAAUUGUGAUUCUUGCAGAGCGGGAUUACUAGCCGAUAUGAGAAAGAAAUUGAUAAUUGCAAAUAUCAUUGUGGUUGUUACCUUAGUGGUGUCGGUUCUUGUUAGUGGCUUUAUGUGUUUUAAGUGUGAGUCUUUCAUGGAUGAUGAAUGGGAUAGUUGAUCGACCCAAACAAGAGUGAGUCUUUCAUCGAAAAUAAAUGGGAUGAUCACUAACUCAAACUAAACCAGGACUAAGAUAGCCUAUAUAUACGCUAAAUCUGACAUAGUUAAAAGUUUUCAUUGUUUUUAGAGAAAAUUAACCCACAUAUGACUAAAAUUUAAUGUGUUUCCCAAAAUAUGACUUCUAUCUUUUUUCUUCCCAAUAUGAUAGUGUUUCGUAUGUAUAAAACUAAUAUUUAAUCAUAUUUUGGGAUGUACAAAAGUAGUAGUCAUAUAUUCUGAAAUUGUCAAUGUUUUAGUCAUAUAUUAGUAAAUAUCCCUUGUUUUUACGCUAGGAAAAAUUGAUCGUAACAUUUCCAACUAUUGGACAUCCUCUCAUAAUAAUCCAACUAUCGAUUAUUUCAGAAUAAUCCCAACUUUAGGGACCUUCCGCCAAUAAUGGUCCGACGUGACUAACUAUAAAUAAAUUCCUAUAGUUUCUAAAAAGAUAUAGCAGACAAUCCCUAAAAAUAAUCCCAAAUUUGAAUUUUUACGUUUAAUUUCUAUUAAAAAUUCACUUGUUAGAGCAGGUAAUAUGCAGUCAUAUCAUGAACCAUUAUUGGCGGACAGUCCAUAUAGCUGGAAUUAUACAAAAAUAAUCAAUAAUUGGGAUUAUCGUUAACGGACCGGCAAUAGUUGAGAUUAUUAUUUUCAAUUUUUUCUUUACGCUGUUGCAAUCAUUCUGUAAUUUUAAACAUAUUGUAAACAUUCUAUGUUCGUUCGACACGUACUUCUGUUGCUCUCAUUUUAUAAUUA